UUUUUAGUGGCCAAUAGUGAAUAGUGCAUUAUUUUAGUGUUAUUUUUGGAGAAGUAACAAUAUUUAGCAUCUAUCUCGAUGCGGCAAGGUUAGAUGUUAAUAAUAUCAUGGAUUUCUUGACGGUAAACCGUCAGGUAUCGUCAUCCUCCGAGAAAAAGGAAGAUGGAGUGGAAGUCAAUGAAGGUCUUGUGGUGGACAACUCCAAAUGUGUUCUGUAUAAAAUAGCAACAUUGUAUGCCGAGCAGCUGAUGAGUGAUCUCAUCCUUGAGGUGGGUGGAGUCGGCUAUCCAGCACAUCGGCUAAUACUAUGUGCCAGCAGUGAAGUUUUUCAGGUGAUGUUGAUGAACCGAGAAUGGAGCGAGUGGCGUGAGAGUCGCAUUGUACUCCAGGAGACACCUACAGCUACUUCAGUAUUCCCACACUUCCUUAAGUAUUUUUAUACUGGACAGAUUAGAAUAUCGCAUGAAACAGUGCUACCGAUACUUUCUCUAGGCGAUAAAUAUAAUGUGAAGGACCUAGUGACUCUCUGCCUGACGUACAUGUCUCAGAACAUAGCGCAGGCUGCCAAGCGAGGACAGCUCAUCUCCUGGAUGCAGUACACAAUGGCCUGCGGACACAACGAAGUCGCUAAGUCAUGUCAGAACUUCGUGAAGUGGAACUUGGAGUGGGUGUGGUCAGACAGUGACCUCAGUGAGCUGGAGGGGGAGACGCUCGUCCACCUACUGCAACAGAGCGACCUCGUGCUGCAUAACGAGAUGAGCGUGUAUGAUUUCGUGGUCCGCUGGCUAGAAAAGCAACGCGAGCGUCUGUCAGCGAGCGAGCUGUCGGAGGCCGAGGUCAAGGCGCACUGGGAGUCACUCGUCGCCGCCAUCUUCUCACACGUCAGAUUCCCGAUGAUGUGCCCCAAUCAACUAGCGCAGUUGUUGCUAUGUCCCCUGACUCAGGAACAUAAAGACUUCUUCAUGGAACGGAUGGCAAUCGCCAUGAGUUAUCAGUCAGGCCAGCUGGAGCGCGUGGCGGAGAUCCAGCAGUCGGAGGCGGGGCGCAUGUUGUUCACGCCGCGGCUGUACACGGAGGACACGUGGGGCUCCGUGCUGGCCGUCGACAACUUCCACUCGCUGCCCUGCUACCACACAAGGACCUUCAUCUUCUCCACGCGGCCCUCCAUCGCAGACGUGGCCCCGCAGGACAAGCUCAUCGAGUGGACAGUAGACUUGUAUCCCAAAGGAGUUUGGUUCAGGAAGAGCUUGCUGAUCGUCUGGGCUGGGACCUAUGAUAUACCCGAGGUAGUGCUCCGUACAGUGCGCAUCUCCGUGACGUGUCAGAACAGUCCGGAGUUCACAGUCAACGAGGACGGGGAGACUGAACAACUCGAACCUGAUGUCAGGGUUAAGAUCGGCAUCCUAGUGUGGGGUGUGGAGAAGGGAGUCGAGCACGUGUCCUCCGUGGUAGAGCGGGUACAUCGGUUUUCAGCACAGAACAGAGUGUUGAACAUAGACGACGCGUUGGACUUCGACGCGCUGAACACGCCGCUGUACACGCCGUGCGGGCCGGCCGGCGCGCCCCCGCCGCCGCCGCCCAGCCUGCCCGCCGCAGGGAACAACUACUCGGUUAACAGUAUGAGUUCCAAGCGUUGCAACAAGUGCUCCGACUAUGAAGCCCCCGAGCCGAGACAUCUGUUGGGACCUCAUAAGGACCAGCUUAGGAUACAAGUAGUGAUCGUGCCUCUAACGGACUACUCCCACGUAGGAGCGAACGACACACAGGGAUGACCUACAACAGUAGCGCGCAUCUACUGCGCGGGUGUGGCAUACCCGGACUGAGAGACACACAUCUCUCAGCACCGCCUGCGAAGCGUGAAGGCAAGUUCGAUGGAACAUUUUCUUUGUUUUAGCUAAUUGUAUGCUAUUAAAGUAUAAAAUCGUUUGUCAACUUAUCAAGGCCAGCUCCCUGGAUAGUAAUUUGUAUUCUACGCUGUUUUGUUAAAGUUCGUUAUUGUAUGUUGUUGAUCGAUUGUAUUAGCCGGGAUAUUGAGUGUACAUAAAUGGCAAUAAUAAUAAUAAAUAAGAUAUCACGGGCUUGUCUAUGUGCUAUAUAGUUUUUAAUAAGAUUAUGUUUUUAAUACGUCCACAGUGCGUUCGGCCUUAGAACUCGAAAUUCUAGCUUAAUUGUUUCGUAGUUAAUUUUAAUGCAAUUCGAAAUAUUUUAUGAUUAUUGAAAAUGAAAGGCGAUUUGUAAUGACCUCAAGUUUUGUUAACAAAAGUGCAUUAUAGUAGGGAUGGUUACGGCAAAAAAUACACAAAUACUUUAUGAAUAAAGUUGAAAGUUUAAACGUCAACAAGGUUUGUUUAAAGUAUUUAAAGAUCAAUGUCUGUCUGGUCCCUCGGUGACGGUAUUUGAUCAUUCAAAAUGUGUCUAUAGAAAAUAACAAGCAAUUAAAUUAAUAUGUAAUACAUUACUUCAUGUAAAGUUAUUACCAUAUUAAAUUAAUAAUGACUUAAUUGUUACAAUGAUUACAGUUGAUAUAGUCCGUCAUCGUUCCCAUUAUAAAGCUCUUUCGUUUAUAUCACCAUGCGCUACUUUAUGUUGUAAAAAUAAUAUAAUAUGUUAUAGUAUGUUGUAUGCUAGAUUAAUUUACUUAGCAAAGAAUUAUAUAAUUAUUAUAACUAUAAAAUAUAUAUACAAGGUGUAACG